UUUCUCGACGCUCUCGUUCGUUAGUCUCUGGCGGUUUACUCGGAAGUAUGGUCUCCGGCGGUUUCUGUUUCUUGAUGAAUUGGACGCUGUUAAUGAUAAAGUUCGCCGGCGGUAUUCGGAGGAGCUCCAUGUUAGAUGAUUUUGCUCGAGUGUUUGACAAGUUAUGUGAUGUGGUUCCAAUAUUGGUUGAACACCUCACUAUUAGAAGAAAUCUUCGAGUUAUAAGCCAUAGGUUUCGUGUGUUCAUUUUGGCUACAUUGAUCUUGGUUACUGCUAGUCAAUUUGCUUCAUUGCUUGUUACGACGGUGGAUGGUUCGGUUGUUGACCUGUUCACUACCGGAGAACUUGCGUUAUGCUCCUUUACCCUUCUGUUUGGUAUGUAUAUAUGCCAACGAAGUGCGGCAAAAAUCACACACAAAGCGCAAUCUUUAAGAAGCUUGGUAACCAAAUGGCACAUAUGUGCAACCAUUGAUUCCUUCGUAGACAUGGGCACAACGGGUGAGACUCCGAGGUCUAAUAUUAAUCCACAAAUGUCAGAUUUAGAUUUCGAUAAUGAGGUAGGAGAUGGUGACGAUGAACUAGACAAUACAAAGUUCAUCCCUGUUUAUAAGCACUCGAUAUCAUACCAGCAAAGACAAGCUUUAGUGACGUAUAUCGAGAACAAUGAAACUGGGAUCACGGUGUACGGGUUCAUGUUAGAUCGGAUGUCUAUAAACACGGUCUUUGCAAUUCAACUAUCUCUUGCUUUGUGGUUGUUGGAUAAAACCAUUGGCUUUACAUGACCAUCUUAAGUGGUUUCUUGUUAGAAGCUAAUCAGAUUCUUAUAGAAACAUGAAAGGUACAUGUUUAUUCUUAUAAGGGCAAUAUACAUAAAAGCCUUUCUUUUUACCAUUUAUCAAUUUACGCAGCAAAAAUAUAUUGUGUUUUUCUUUAUUACAGACUUUUUUCAAAAACGGAAAAAUUAAUCAAAAAAUUAUAUUGGUUUAGCAUCUAUAAAACAUAAUUAAACAGCUAAAUAUAUAAAAUUGUGAGAGUACGUUCUGCUUUUCUAUAUUUUACACUUGUUGCAAUAUUUAGGUAUGUUGGUCAUGAUGAAUGGAAUCAUGAAAAAAAAUAAAACGAACAACAUAAUUAUUUGAACAAGGAAAAGUGACAGAAUAUUAUAUAUCAUUAUCAUGUUUUUAGAAAUUGAGUGCAUCUUUUAAAAGGUUUUUAGAAAUUGAGUGCAUCUUUUAAAAGGUGUUAGUUG